UGGUCCAGAGCUUAUCGACAUUUUAACAACUGCCUGGACUACCCUUUACCUUCAUCCGAGCUGGAUGAGCUUAAGACUUUGGGUUUUUGGGGUUUUAUUGACUACCUCACGUACUGACAUCAAUUGGCUAGGAGGAUCGAAUGGAGACGGCCCUGACAUCGGUAUGUGCCGUUAAGUCAAGCAUAAGGGCCUCUGCGACAGUUCUGCUGUUUACUGUGCCUCUCACUAUGGCAAUGAACAUUGUGAGUAUGGGGACUGCAGAUUGUUAUUCAGCCUGUGAAUCCACUCCAGUGUUUGUACCAGCCCAAGAAUCUACUCCAGAGCCUACUCCUGCCAAUGAGUUUGCUCUGGAGUCUGCUUCUGCCCUUGAGUUCACUCCAGAGUCAAGUCCAGGUCAAGAGUCCACUCCAGAAUCCGCACCAGUCCAGGAGCCCUCAGAGUCUGCUCAAGAGCCCGCUCCCAUCCAGGAGUCCUCAGAGUCCACUCCAGAGCCCACUCUAGUCCGGGAACCCUCAGAGUCCACUCAAAAGUUCACUCCAGUCCAGGAGCCUUCAGAGUUCACUGAAGAACACGCUCCAGUCAAUGAGUCUGCUCCAGAGCCUGAUCUGUUCCAUGAGUUCGCUCCAGAGCCUGCUUCAGCCCAUGAGUCUGCUCCAGAGCUCGCCCCAGUCUGAGUUUGAUCCAGAGCCAGUUCCAGUCUGUAAGUUCACUCCAGAACCCACUCAAGUCUACGAGUUCACUCCCGAGCCUGCUCCAGUCUAUGAAUCUGUUCCUGAGCCCACUCAAGUCUACGAGUUAAUUCCAGAGUUUACUCCCAUCUAUGAUUCUGCUCCAGAGCCCACUCAAGUCUGAGUUUUUUUCCAGAGCUCACUCCAGUCUAUGGGUCCACUCCAGAGUCAGUUCUGGUCUAUACAAGUUCAUUCGUCAUGGUCGAUUCCGCUCCAGAAUCCGCUCCAGUCCAGGAGUCCACUCAAGUUUUUGAAUUCACCUCCGAUCUCGUUCCUGUCCAGGAGUCUGCUCCUAAGACACCUCCAGUUGCUCCUGAGGUGGCGGCUUUUGCUGCAGAGCCUCCCGAAGCGGCGGCCGAUUCAGCUCCCCUCUGGGCGAUGGCACCCACUCCUGAAAUCUCAGUCUGCCCCAACACGAUCAGAGAGGUCGUACCGGCACUUCCUGUUUGCUUCAUGACCGCAGAGGUAAUGCAUGAACUGUCUGUCUGCUUCAACACGACUAGAGAGCUUGUAAAUUAACUUUAUGGGAAGACCUUAGUGGCCAACCUGGGAAGCCCUAUGGAGGGCGCCUCUGAACUCCUUACCUGUUCUGUUACGGCCCCUGUGGCCAAUACUAACCUCUCUGUGCCUUGUGUUACAGGCUUGCCUGGUCU